UGACUGCAACAAAAACGCCUCAUCCGCUGAACAAACUUACAUAUCUUUGCAAUUAUCAGAGAUUAAUUAUAUAUUUUUUUUUCUUCUCCUCCUCCAGACAUUUUGACUUUGGGCAUCCUAAACCAUGAUCAUCUAGUGCCUGGAUAAUACAGCAAAAAAACAAAAUGGCGGUACUCAAGGUGAAGUUCACCAAAACCAAGCGUUGCAAGCUGGCCCAAAUUUUGUGGAUCCUCAACUGGAUUUCUGUAAUCACCGGCAUCAUUCUCUUCAGCCUGGGUCUCUUCCUCAAAGUCGAGAUCCGGAAAAAGAACGAAAUCAUGUACAAUCGAGAAAUCCAUUCCGUCCCCAACAUGCUCAUUGCCGUUGGAGUCAUAGCCUGUGGAAUUAAUUUCCUCGGCGGGAAGAUCUGCUAUGACUGCUCCGACUCCAAUAAGUUUCAUCGCUGGAAGCUAAUCAUGCUCCCCUACAUUAUCUGCACCUUCUUUUUCACCUUUUGCGUCCUGGUGGGGGCGCUAAUGUGUUAUACCAUGAAGAAUGAACUGGAAGAAUCCCUUUACCUGGGCUUGAAGGAAGCAUUAAAGUUCUACAAGGACACGGACAUCCCUGGAAGGUGCUUCCUAAAGAAGACCGUUGACCUGCUGCAGAUGGAGUUUCGCUGCUGCGGAAAUAACGGCUUCCGGGACUGGUUUGAAAUCCAGUGGAUCAGCAUGCGGUAUCUGGAUGUGUCCAAUAAGGAGGUCCAGGACCGCCUAAAGAGUAACGUGGACGGGAAGUACUUGAUGGAUUCAGUUCCUUUCAGCUGCUGUAAUAUUUACUCCCCUCGGCCCUGCAUCCAGCAUCAGCUGACCAACAACUCGGCCCACUACAGCUACGAAUUCCAGACGGAGGAGCUCAAUGUGUGGAUGACCGGCUGCCGCCAAGCACUGCUCGAGUACUAUAUGCAGAUCAUGCAGUCGAUUGGAUUCACCGUUCUCAUUAUUUGGCUCUUCGAGCUGUCUGUUCUUACUGGGGUGCGCUAUCUUCAAACAGCCUUGGAGAAUGUCCUUCUGCAAGGUGACCCAGACUCUGAAUCAGAGGGCUGGCUUCUUGAAAAUGGCUUUGUAGAGACAGCUCGUACCAAUUUUAACAUUAUUAAGAACCUUGGCAAAUCAAACCAAAUUAAUGCGGUGUCCGGGAAUGAGGACCCCAACCUCAACGUUACUCCCUCCAGCCAUGGAGCUACUAGGACUCAUAUUCCAACUGUCAGCUAAGUACUGGAGUCUGGAGGGAGGAUCAAACAUCAACCCUGAGGGGCUUCACACCAUCUCCAACAAAGAUAAUGGAAUGGAAGAUGACAGGAACUGGAACCAUUGCCUUCAAUCCAAACCACACCCAUAAUGUCCCCUGAUCCCAACUGUCCAGGCCAAGGGUUAAAUAUGCAGGAUCUUAAAAAAGCUGUUGGUUAACAAGAGACUUUGUUUCUGAAAGUCAUGCUUAGAAGAAUGAACACCUCAGGAUGAUUGGUCUGUUUCAACCGGGGUGAUCUUUACUGAUGGUGUACAAAUCAGACAUGUGAAACAUUCCAACACCUGUAACUCACAAGAGGAUUGGAUGCUGAUGGAACUUCAUGGAGAAGAGGCCAUUAGAUGGGACCCAAAGGCUGUGUUGCUUGAUGAUCAUCAAAGACAAGACAUUACAAAGCUCCAGAGUGAGCAGGUUCAGACCACCAUGUUUGGAAAGGCAAAUGGCGAGAACUGUAAAUGCGUCAACAACAGUCCCAUUCACAUAGUGCUACAAAGACUUGAGAUGUGUGCUGAUUCUCAGUGGCAGAACAACACAAGAGGAGAGACACUGGUGGAAGAAGUGGGACAUUGCCUUAUACUAGCUUCCAAGGAGCCAAAAAACGAACAAUAAACUGAACAUUUUAUGGAACGUGCAGUCUUAAGCAAUGACAGGUUGAAAAGAUGGUAUACUAUGCAGACAAAUGAACAAAAAAAUGAAUGAAUUCAGAAUUAAUAAACAUGUCAGAAAAUGUAGACUUUAAAUAAAUCUUUUACUUGUAAGAAUUUGCUACAACAGUCAUUAUGAAAAUUCACACUUACUGUCUUUUUCCACAGCA